ACAUUUAUAAUAAGUACACAGUACAAAUACUUUUUAUUACAAAUCAGAUGAUCAUUCAAGAAGGACAUGUCUUUACAUUUGCAGAUGAUCAUUCAAGAAGGAUAUUUAAAUAUUCCGCGUGAUGAUAAGCAAUCGGACGGCAAAAACGAAAUGAAAAGUUAUUAUUACCAUGAUAAUUGUCGCGCUCUUGAGACAAGCUGCUGUUCUGUAUCAGAUGCGCGAUCUUAAUUUCUUGAUCGGGGACCACGCCCGAAAUUCGUCCAUGUUCCUUCUCUCGAACGACUAUUCUACCUCCUCUCCUUCUGCACCUUCGUAUGUUCCUUUCUGAAUGAUUUCCUACAAAGAAGUUUCAUAUACGUUUCCCUCUCCCACAGCCAUGCCCAAUCGCUUCGAACAAGUUUGAGCCCAAAAUUCGAUUGAACCCCCUACAAUCUUACCCGCAUAUAAAUAGUGGCUGGCAGAUACCAUUUCCAACAGAAUCCAGUAGUUAUUCCUUCAACAAGCAAAAUGGCAUUUAAGUUCGUGAUACUAGCAGUCUUCGUGGCGGUGGCGAACGCCGGAGGACCAGCGGCCUACGACAUCGGGACCGUGUCCGCCGAUCUCAGCAGCAUCGGCUACAGCCAGGAGUCCACGCAGAAGGGCUAUGGCGGCCAGAACGUGGUGUCCUCGUACAGCCGGGCCGAGGACUCCGCACAUUCGUCUGUCCGUGUGAGCAACAGCCGCGUGAGCAACGACCUGCUGGAGCAUCACAUCGGCUACGCCGCCGCCCCAUUGAUCGCCAAGACUUACGCCGCCCCGGCUUUGGCCAAGCCUCUGAUCGCCGCACCGCAGCCUCUCAUCGCCGCACCGCAGCCUCUCAUCGCCGCUCAGCAUUCUUUGCUCGCCGCACCGCAGCCGCUGAUCGCCGCACCGCAGCCUCUGAUCGCGAAAACCGCUUAUGCCGCACCUGCUUUAGCCGCGUACUCCGCUCAUCCUGCACCGAUCCUCGCCAAGGCGAGCUACGCUUACGCACCUGCCGCUUCUUACGCCAGCCCGCUCCUGACGAAGGCCUACGCGACCCCGUUCAUCGCCAAGGCACCAGUGGCAGCCCCCUUGAUCGCCAAGACCUACGCACAUGGAUUAGCGCCGACUCUCGCGUAUGCUUCUCAUCCCGCCCCAGUCCUCGCCAAGACUUACGCCGCCCCUUAUGCGUAUGAGGCUCAUGCCGCACCCGUGGUGCACGCCGCCUUCACCGGCUUCGGCACCAGCUAUGCCUGGUAGACGGAUUUAUGUAUACUUCGUUAAUUCUCGCGUAAGCGACUCGCCACGAUAAGUUCGAAAACUGUAACUCUCACAUCCAGCAAGAGACACUUUCUUUCCAAUGUUAUAUAUCCGUGUAUCCGUAUAUACUAUGGAAUCGAUACUAUGGAAUGCAUCGAAAUCCUCGCGAAAGUUUCCAAGUUUAUCGUUACUGCUUUUCCGUAUAUAUGUUGCCGAUUUCUCGGCUCUUUCACUGUAUGAGCAACUGUUCAUUACAUAAUUUAAUUCCUCUUAAAAAAAUUUACUUUGAUAUCAGUUUAUGUUAAUUUUAUAUAUUAA